CUGUACUGCCUUCUCCUCUUUCUCGGUUUCCUCUUCAGCUUCUCUCCUUGGUUCAGAUCGUAUUUUCAGAUCAGGAAAAAAAAGGAGAGAUGAAGGGGGCGACGGCGUCGGGGGGCGGCGCGACGGCGGGGGCGAACGACCCGAGGCAGCCGGGGACGGCGAGGCCGUACGCGCCGCCCAAGCUGUCGUCGCAGGACCUGCCCGUCGACUACGCGGGCUUCCUCGCCGUCGUCUUCGGCGUCGUCGGCGUCAUGCUCCACUACAAGGUUUGCUCGUGGAUCGCCAUCAUCUUCUGCGCGCAGUCGCUGGCAAACAUGAAGAACUUCGAGAAUGACCUCAAGCAGCUCUCCAUGGCUUUCAUGUUUGCUGUCAUGGGUUUGGUGACGAACUAUUUCGGGCCUCGCCCAGGCGGCACAAAGCGCUGAUCUGCAUACCAUGCGCCGUAUGAAGUUUCCUGUUCAAUUUUUGGUGCCUCGGAGCCACUGGCAUGGUGGUGCCCACCCACAUUUCUGAAUCCUUGAGUCAGGCAGGUGUCAAAUGUACCACCUCAUUUGUAGGGACCAAGACAUGUAUCAUGAUGCUCAGUAAUCUAUUUGCACGGUACCUGCUCCUCCAGUUAUGUUUUAAAGAUAGUUGAAGGGCCUUUGCCUACAUCACCACAUCGAUCAAUCCCCUGUGAGCUUGUGGUUUUGUAUUGUUUUAUUUAUCGGAGUAGCAAUCACUUCCAUUCUCAUGCAUGAUCAAGAUCAAAUAUUGUUGA